AUGCGAUAUAUGAAUAUUUUUGGCCUUCCAUGCAGUUUGCAUCUGCCCUGUGACCCAAAAGCACUCGUGGCAAUGUGGCUUGGUGGUUUACGUGUCGAGACUUUACACUGUAAUGUCGUGGUUCGAGUCCCGCCAUGGGUGCUGAUGAGACGUAGACCAGUUGCAGCGAAGUCGAAACUGCCGCCCACUCCAGUCGGAAUGAGAAUACCUUGUCGUGUUGGUAAGAGGAACUUGGACUGCCUCUAUAAUACAAAGCGCUUGCCCUCUACAGGUCCAAGGAUCGAGGCCCCAAAACGACGAAAGAAAAGGAACAAAUAG